UAUAAGUAGUAAAGCAGUCGAAGGGGAGAAGCGACUGAAAGAAGAUCAAACGAGAGCAAAGAUUUUUACCAAUCCUGUUUAAUCAUCUAAAAGAAUGAACGACAGUCCACACAAGGAGAAACCACAGAAAUUAGUCGCAACAGAAGCAACUCGUUUCGACGAAUCUCACAAUUCGACGAGCCGUAUUUCCACACAACAGGAAGUAAUUAGAGAUUCACAGUCGAUUACAUUGCGGGCUACAAGCACAGACGAGGAUGAAGACGUUUCGAAGAAAAAAGAUAGGCCCGAGCAGUUGACUCAAAGACUCUCGAGGGCUGAAACUGUCAGACAGGAUGCCAGAAAAUUGAAGACUGCCACGCUUAAUAGAAUGGGGAAAAUGUUUAAGCAACGUUCUCAGACACCUGUCACGGAUAAAUCACCCCAUGUCAACAGCGAUACGAAUCCAAUUAAAUCUAUAGAAUGCUCUAGCGAGGAGACAUCGAAAAAAGAGAAGAGCAAUUCUUUGGGCAGGAUGCUGAAGCUUGUGGAUAAAGACGGCACGUCCAAAAAAAUAUUUCACCCUCGAGCAGGGUCGUUGAGUCGCAUUCUGCGUCGGAAUCCUAAUCACGAGAAUAACGAAGACAAAAAGCCCGAAGAGAACUCACCGGGGAUUUUCUCGAGAAUGCUGAGUCAGUUAAGAGGUCGUCCACACAGUGGCAACGCCACACUCGAACCAAAUCUGAAGAUGCGCAACAAAAAUUCGUUACCACCGAAAGCGCCAUUGAAUACAAGAACGACCAACAAUGUACCUUCGUCAACUUCCGCUUCAUCGCCUCAGACACAGGCUGCGGGAUCGCCCCAGAAAUAUUCCACUUUCGAAUAUUCGAUUUAAGUCGAUUUAACCUCCAAAAUAAUGAUUUUGUAAUAAAAUUAAAAAUAAUAAACUGUCUGAUUAUAAAAAAAAAAAAACAAUCGUUGCGGAUAAAAUGGUUAAUUUUUAAAAUUCAAAUUCAACUUUUUCCCAAUAAUUCGAUAAGUUUCGAAUGAGAUUUUAUGAUAUUGGCCAUUUAACGUGCAACAAAUAUAACAUUUGUAUUUUAUUAUAA